AUGUCUGCUAAUGACGAAGACUUCCUCACUCCUCGAGGCUUACUUAUCCAGGACAGUUUUGUUUGUGAUGGACCCUCAUUCAAGGACUUCUCGAAAGCUGUCGGUGCAAGCCUCGAGUUGCCAUACACCCAGGAACGGUUUGAAUACUGGAGUGGAUUGUCCGGGAUGGGAUGGAAUGCUGUAUGGCCUCUACUUUGUCCCGUUUGCUUCCCGAUUUGUGCUCACGAUGAGAAGCUCAUCAGCGAAUUGCAUCCCAUUCUCGACAUUUGUUAUACUGACGUGCAGUCCACUGUUACUCUCGGGGGCUUGAAUGACCUUACAAACGAUCCUAACAACGAACAAUUGCGGGCCAAAGUACAAAAGUUAACUGCUGACCGUCUGGAUGGUGUGACGGCACUGGAGAAGAAGACAGACGAUACCUUCGGGGGGCUGAAGAGUGGCACGGAUGCAGUGAAAGAUUCCGAAGAUCGACUCAAAGCUAUUGUCAAUGGUUUCAACGUCUCACAGAUGGAGCAAGAACUCUGCGACUAUGAUCCGGAAGACUAUCUGGAGCAAGAUCUCGCCGCACUGAAGUACAUCAGGACUAAACUUCGUGAAUAUAAAGGUGCCGUCCGUGUUGUCAUAACAGACCUCACGGCCAUCGGUGACUCGAUUGAGCACCUCACCGUGCCUGCGAACGAGAUUAUCCUCGGGCAUGAAAAGGCAAAAAUUAUCAGAAAGUGGGAGGGUCUCAAAACAGAUGUCCAAGAUUUCAAGGAUAACUACCUCUCCUGA